AUGGACACCGUACCUCCCGAGGUCUUGCUGCACAUAUUCGACUUCCUCGACGGCCCGGCCCCGUCCGAGACGAAACUCCACGAUCAGCCCGAGCAUGACAUGCUCCGUGUCAGGCCCGCCUCGGCAUGCCCGCUCCAGAUGGCCUCGCUCGUCAGCAAGGCAUGGCGUGUCUUGGCCCUCCCGUCGCUGUUCCGCAACGUCCUUUGGAGACCCAAUGUCUCUUCGCUGAGUGCCUUUACCCUCAAUCCGAUACCUUUGCUGCGCUUCCUGGUCGACAACCGCCUGGAUCGCGCAGUCGUUACCUUCACCCUGUUGGUCGACUUCCUCGACCCCGUCGCCGACCACCACCAGACCACUCCGCAGAUACGCCCUGCUGACUUGGAAUGGCUAUGGGACCAGCUGUUCUCAGUCGUGGAUCCAUUGAGGUUCACCAUCAUUGCACGUCCUACCACUCUAGCCGCCCUGUUGUCGCGCAUGCUCUUUCUCGAGGACGCCUGGUCCUUCGAUAUCCCCUACCAUAUCCUCUCGCUCGCUCGUACUGCCCGGGGAACCAUCGGCAAGAGCCCGCCAGAUCAGCUCGCCAAAUCUCUGCAUUCCCGCUUGCAGAUCUCGGACGCUGAGAAUGACGCCUCCACUGCUGCUCAGUUGCCCGUGGCAGGUCCCUCGUCGCCGCAUCGCCGCUCUACCGCGACUUCGUUCGCCAUUCGAUCCAAGAAGCCCCCUCCCUGUCCACUGUUCACUAUCCGUCCCUGGAUCUCCCUGCUUCUCAACGAAGGCUCGUCCACGAAGGUCUACCGGUCAUACGAGUUCUACCUACGCAGACCACCGUCCAUGCUAGGCGCUCUUCUCGGCUGUGAGGAGUAUCCCAAUAAUCUCCCUCUCAUCCCGCCCUCUGUUGUCGACUUCAACUACGUUGCAAUCUUUCCUUUGUCCUCUCAUUUUGAAAUCCUGCUUCAGAACCUGCCUAAGCUUGACCGUCUGUUCGUGCAACUUACUCCUAAGGCCGGGAACAAUAUUCUUGAAGACAAAGACCAAAUGAAGCAGGUUGACGCAGCAGACCUGUGGAUGGAGCGGAACACAUCCUACAGUUUCCUCAUGCGCGAAUUGACUUUUGUACCCGAUCCCCAGGGUAAUUGGAGCACCCUGUGUGUCUUCGAAAGUGGCGAUGCAGCAGACAAGGAGGCCUGGGAGAUGGCUGUCCAGUUCCUCGAGGGCAGUGGUGUGAAGAGCUGGAAGGUCGAGCGAGAAGGUGUGUUCGUCAAGCAUGUCGAAGACGAAGAAGACUUCGACUGGGGCGGAGUGAUCAACAGCCACUACGGCGAUGCAUAUCGCUCCGAAACCGACCAGGUGGUGGUCCGGGACUUCCAUACCCGGCUCAGCGAAGUGAACCACCGACUCGGUCGGAUCGAUCCCCUGGUCUGGGUCGAGGCGAUCACGACAAGAUGCCGGAGGGCCAUCGACCGUGCGCGCCGCCUCACGCUCAAGGCGGAGACGCAGGCCGAGUACUACGGGAACAUCAUAGAGCAGAUGGGCGAAUCUGACGACUUCUAUCACGUCGACGACUCGCAAGGCUCGGACCCUGAACAUCCCGGAUCACUGAGGCGCAUCGCCUUCAACGGCGUCGCCGACCUGCCCUUCUCGAGCAUGUGGAUGUACAUGGAAGAAGACAUCGACGACCCAGUCAUCGGCGCUCCAAACCCAUGA